AGCUCCCUCGUGGAGUGAUUGAAUGGUAUGGUCCAUUCCAUUCCGAAGACGUCCUGUUAGUCUGAUCACUGUCUCCUGCAGGCUCAUUAACGUCACCAUCCAGUUUAAACUGAAGGCCAUCAACAUCCAGACGAUCAUUAACAAUGAGAUCCCGGACUGCUACACCUUCACCAUCACUAUCACGUUUGACAACAAGGCUCACAGUGGCCGGGUGAAGAUCAGCCUGGACAACAAAGCUGACAUCAAAGAGUGCAAGGACCCCAGUGUGUAUGGCCGAGGAGACAACACCUUCCGCGUGUUCUUUGACGUGGCUGUGAUCCUUGUUUGUGUGCUGUCCUUCAUCCUGUGUGCCCGCUCCAUCAUCCGGGGCUUGAUGCUGCAGCAUGAGCUGGGCCAUUUCUUUCAGAGACACUACAACCAGGAUGUCUCCCUGUCAGACCGCAUGGAGUUUGUGAAUGGCUGGUACAUCCUGCUGGUGGUGAGUGAUGUCCUGACAGUGUCUGGGACCAUCAUGAAGAUCAGAAUUGAGUCAAAGAACUUGGCCAGCUACGACGUGUGCAGCAUCCUUCUGGGCACCUCCACACUCCUGGUCUGGGUUGGGGUCAUCCGCUACCUCAGCUUCUUCCAGAAAUACAAUGUGACGCUGCUCCAGCUCCCCAUGUGGCUUAGCUCCAGGGUCUGCCUGGCCAUACUGUACUCAGGGGCUUGGCUCUCUGUCCAUGUGCAGUUCCGCUCCCUCUCCAUGGUGUCCGAAUGCCUCUUCUCCCUCAUCAAUGGGGAUGACAUGUUCGUGACCUUCGCUGAGAUGCAACAGAACAGCUACCUGGUGUGGCUCUUCAGCCAGCUGUACCUCUACACCUUCAUCAGUCUCUUCAUCUACAUGGUGCUCAGCCUCUUCAUUGCACUCAUCACCGGCUCCUACGAGACCAUCAAGGUCAGGCUGGGGAGUGCUGCCUUCCCUGGGCUGCAGGCUUGUCCGAGCCGAGAGCCAUGUCCAACCUGCAUGAAAUGGACCUUGUCUCAGGUUCCCUCAGCCACCUCCGUCUUGGGGUGGAGCACAGCAUGUUGGGACAUGAAGCCCUUCCAGCAGGGAGUAUUGUGAACUCCAUGGGCUGCCCUCUUAGAGUGGUGCCAACGGUGGGCUUAGUUACCCAGUGACAGGAGUGUGGGCUAGGACACGUCCCCUCCCCCGGGCCUAGCUGCAGCUGGCAGUCAUCGCCUGGGGACGUGGUUUGGAGACAGCUUUGCUUGAGACCAUAAGCACUUGUGUGCCUGAGCCAGCCCGUUCCCAGUACGACCCAGGGGCUCCACCAAUUCAAAUCCAAAGUGGCGCCACCUAUGGUCCCUCCGGCCCUAGCAUGUCUGGCAGUGCUGCCAUUGCCCUGUUGCUGCCAGCCCUCCAAGGGCUGUGGGGAAGGGGAGUGAGGGCUCUGGAGUCUGCCC